AUGCUACCAUCAAACAAUUUUCAACAGUUUCAAUCAAAUCCUGAUAAUCAAGAAAUAAUUAAUUUACAAAAUAACAUCGCUAGUCUUGGAAAGCGUCUUGAUAAAUUACAAGAAUGUACGUCAGAAUCAAAUGAUGCGACAAAAAUCGAAUCUUUACAAAAUGACGUAUAUAAUCUACAACGUCAAGUAGAUAAUGCAGCAAAAGCAGGAAGACAAGAUGUAACAGGUUUAUUGGAAAAAUUCAAUCAUUUGAACGGCUUAGCCACGAACAUCACAGAGACUUUAUCACAAAAAAUAGAUAAUGUUAACGAUAGUCUUCAAGCUAAUACAAAUCGUGAUAAUGUAAAUGAAUGCUUCUUACAUCUCGAUGCAAAUCGAUACACAAAGGCUGCUGUUGUAGCUGAUCGAAUGACUAUUGAUGCAGUUAAAAAAUUAAUAAGAGAUUAUGACGAUUUAAACAAUGAAUAUAAAGAAGACAGAAGACAAGUCUUAUCCGAAUUUAUCAAUUGGGAUCAAAAAUAUGUAUGUCAUCCACCACUACCUUGUUAUGGUCGCCAAUGUGUUGCUUGCGGCAGAUGCUGUGAUUGGUACUAUUCUUGUCAUCCGGACGAUUGGAAGUGGAUACGAGAUUUUCGUAGUUGGGAUCAUAUGAAUGGCGAGCGUUGGCGCAAUGGUUUAUAUUACGACAAAUUCAAGCUUAAGGAUGGCGCGAAAUGUACUCGUUCUACCUAUUAUGGUGCUUCUCGAUUUGUUCGAAUUGUAUCUUUUGGUGCUUUUGAUGGUUCUGCUCUUCUUGGUCAUUUAUGUGUGUGUGAUCCACAGAAGGAGUAA